GGCCCCGUCUGCGGCUCAGACGCUUUCGAGGCAGCGGCGCGGAAGGAAGGGACUAGAGAAGAAGGGGAGGGAGGGAGGUGGGGCUCUCCCUCCUUCCCAUGAGAGCACUUCCGCCGGAUGUUCCCUCCGCGCCGAAGAUGCCCGGAAGCCCCGCUGGGACCGGGCGCCGCCAUGUUCCCUCCGGAGCAGCAGUUGCGACACCCGGGGAUCCUGCCUGCCAACAGCGCCCAGGCCAUGGGCCUCCACCUCGCCGGAAGCGGAAAUGACGGGUAUGGCUUCCAGCAGCAACAACAGCAACAUUACUAUCAACAACAACCGUUCGGCUUCGAGUCGCCUUCCUGUCUCCAUAGCAACAACAAUCGGAUGUUGGGUUACGCCGGCUUCGAGUUGGACAGCGGCGGAAGUGACCCUACGCCAUCAACCUCUUCCUUCGUCCCGCCUCCGUAUCCUAGCAACGCGCGGCCAUGUUUGCCGCUCGACCAAUCGCCGCACCGCGCUGCUGCUUUCCAAGGCAUGUCUUUGAGCGGAGAAUAUAAUCCCAGCAAUAGCCUCAAUAAUGGAUACGAGCAUCCGGGAUACGCGGAAGCGGAUUACAGCGUCUCCCCGGGGGCGGGGACUGGCUUGUGCGUUGCUAAGCAACAGCAGCAGCACCAAAAUGGAGGAUAUUUCGAGCGGCCGUUUGUUUCGCCGAGAAUGGCGAAUAGUAACAGCGCAUGUGCGCAACUGCAGCCAAUGAGGCAGUGCGCUGAGCAGCAAGCCAACGGGAGUGGCGGCGCCGCGCAUGCGCAGUUCGAGUUUCCGAUCCGGCGCUUGGAAAACAGGCCUCAUUUCUCCUCAGCCGCCGAGGCGUUUGGCUCUCCGCCGCGCCUGCAACAUUACGACGCCGCGCUUUACGGCCACGCCGCCAAACGGCCUCGUUACGACCCUUGGGGUGGGCACCAUCAUAGUAGCCAGCAUUCCUUAACGGACUACAACUCCCAUGGCAACGAAAUGCACGCCAACGCGGCGCUAAUGAUGAAGCAAAUGGCGGCCAGACCUCAAUUGCGGCCGAACGAGGCCUAUGAGGCGAAUUGGUUCGACGGCAACCAUAACAGUGAGGCUUUGUACGGCAGCGAAGGCCUCAAAACCAAUCCCAAUGAGGCUUUGUAUGGCAGUGAAGGCCUCAAAGCCACUCCCAAUGAGGUUUUGUAUGGCAAACCUCCCAGUGAGGCUUUGUAUGGGACAGAAGGCCUCAAAUCAACUUCCAGUGAGGUUUUGUUUGGCAGUGAAGGCCUCAAAUCUACUCCCAAUGAAGCCUUGUAUGGCAAAUCUACUCCCAAUGAGGCUUUGUAUGGAGCAGAAGGUCUCAAAAUGUCUCCGUCGUCCUCCUCCUCCUCUUCGUCCCCUCCGUUAGGAUUAAUGGAUUUUAAUGCGAACAACAACAAACUUGGGACGCUUUCUCUGAAGGAAAACAACACCUUGCAUCACAACAACAGCAAUUUGCAUAAUUUAUUUGGACAGAGCUGCCUGGCCGCCCUGUCGACAGCUUGUCAGAAUAUGAUCGCCAGUUUGGGGUCGCCUAACUUGCAUGUGACCUUUGGCAAGAAAGGAAGUAAUAAUAGUAUAGAGAAAGUCGCCAAGGUCAAUCUUAGUGAUGGGAAUAGUGGUAGUGAAGGCUUUUCGCCCAAUCAGGAAGCAGGGAAAGCAGGGGGUGGGGCCAAGAGGGGGAGGAGGAAGCGGGAGAGCGGGGAGAGCCCAUCCCCGGCUGUCAAUCAGGAGCCCCCGACACCCCCCAAGGCUCAGAAUGGGGAGGCUAGCAAUAGGAACAACAGUAAUGGUAAUGGUAGGGAGAUAGGCGCCCAUAAUAACCCAAUGGGAGGCCCUAAUAUGGGCCCCAGUGGGCAGAUAGGGGCACACAAUAACCCAGUAGGGGCCUCCAAUGCAUUGGCAGGACCUAAUAACCCAAUGGGGUCCUCCAGUGGGCAAAUAGGGGCCUCCAAUACAUUGGGGGGCCCUAAUAACUCAAUGGGAGCCCCCAAUAUAGGCCUGAAUGGACAGAUAGGGGGCAGUAACCCAAUAGGAGGGCCUAAUAUGGGUCCCAAUGGGCAAAUAGGGGCCAAUAACCCAACGGGAGGCCCCAAUGUACAAUUAGGGGGCAAUAAUCAAUUGGGAGGCCCAAAUAACUCAAUGGGGGUCCCCAAUGGACAGAUAGGGCCCCAUAAUAACCAAAUGGGAGGCUCCAGUGUGGGUCCCAGUGGGCAAAUAGGCACCAACAAUCCAAUAGGAGGCCCUAACAUAGGCUCGAAUGGACAGAUAGGGGCUUCCAAUGCAUUGGGAGGCCCUAGUAUGGGUCCCAAUGGACAAAUAGGGGCCUCCAAUGGACAGAUAGGGACCUCCAAUGCAUUGGGAGGCCCCAAUAUGGGUCCCAAUGGGCCGAUAGGGGCCAAUAACCCAUUGGGAGGCCCUAAUAAUGGCCUGAAUGGACAGAUAGGGCCCCAUAGUAACCCAAUGGGCCCCCCAGAAUCGACUGUAGGGCCAAUGGACGAGUCCGCUAAGGGCCCCCCGUUGGAGGAGGUCCACCCUUUGGAGAUCCUGCAGGCCCAGAUCCAGCUCCAGAGGCAGCAGUUCAGCAUCUCGGAGGAAGGGGGGGUCCUCAACAACAACAACAAGGAAAAGAACAACAACAAGGAAGGACACAACAACAACAAAGGGAAUAACAUGAACAGCAGUAAAAGCCUGGACUUGGACUCGCUGAUAGGGGCUGCUGGAUGGUACCUGGGGGGGGCACCCCCUUCUUCUUCCAAGAAGAGAGAAGAGGACAGCAAGGAGAGCAAGGAAGGACUUGAUGUUGUGGUGAAGCCUCCUCCCACUUCCUGUCCUGCCUCUUCCUCUUCGGCUGGUUCCACUUCUUGCCCUUCUUCCUCCUCGUCCUGCCUGUUGGAGGCGGAGCUUUCUCCAGAGGCCCCUCCCAGCUGGAGGCGGGGCUUGCACUCAGACAUCGCCAACCGCUUUGGGACAUUCGUGGCUGCAUUGACCUGAAGGAAUGAGAAAGAUAGAAAGAGAGAAGUCCCCAAAAUGGAGGAAAGGCUCUUCAAAUAGCUGUAGAAAGACCUUCAAAAUGGAAGAGAAAAUCUCAAAA